GAAAACUUUGGACCGCAUGUGCCUGUGUUUAUGUUUGGUAUGUGAAACUGUCAAAUAUGAGGUGUAUACUCAUUUUUGACCAGUUAAGUGAUAUAUUGUACACAAAAUAUGAUAGAAAGUUUCUUAAACACUUGAAAAAAUUGGCUACACAACAAGGACUUAUUCGGGAAGGAAAGGAUGAAGACGAGAUUAGCCCAAAUAUCAUUAUUCAGAUAUUUUCUCCGAUAGUAGCAUCUCAGAGGAUUAUGGGAUGCCAAUUUGGAAAUUCGUAUACUUCUAUACAGUGUCAGGAUGGUACAAAUAUGGUAUUUGAUGAGUACAUGGGAUACUUGUUCGUACACAUUGGUCUGAAGAAUGUUACAUGGCUAAAAAGAAUGCUGGGAAUAUGCAUUACUGUGGUAAAACACCUCUGUGGACCAGAUGUCUCAAUUUUAAAAAGUAACAAAAGUCGGGCAGCUUUAUUAUCUCGCCUUCUUGAUACUUGGACACUUCUACAAGAUACGGAUCAGGCUGUACUUGUGGAAGCAGUGGAGCAGCUGAUGGUGAAUGUGGACUUAAGUUCGGCAACUUUAAGAACACUUCAAGAAGCAACAGAGAAACUCAAAACAUGUCCAGAUUUCUCUAAACUUCAUACAAUGAUUCUUGUGGAGAACAAGUUUCUUUCACUUUAUUCAAGUCGUAACGCCCAGGACCUGUCACCACAUGAUAUAAUAUUUCUGAGCUUGCUGUGUGAAGCCCACUACAUGAUGCCAAGUGGAACACGUCCUUCUGAAGCAACUGAAAGUGAUUCAAGUGAAGAGUUCUACAGCCCUGCUGGUAGUCCUCGUGAUAGUCCACACCAUACAAAAAAACAGCUUGCAACCUCUCUUACAGUUAGUGUGGAUAUGUUUGAUGGCAGCUGUGAACAAGAUGUCCUCAAUACCCAACUUGUCCUAUUAACUGGUGGUUGUUCUGUGUACACUCCACAUAUUGUACACAUAACUUCAGUUGAGGAUGGUGUAUAUCUGCUGUUUAUAAUUGAGACACAUGGUGCUUCAGUUGCUUCUGGCCUGUGUGAAGCCUUUGGGGCCAUAAACGAACUGCAAAAUGUGCAGCUCCAGAAGGAUAUAGAUGAACUGAGACAUUCUUUUGAUAAUUUAGAUUCCAGUAUAAAGAAAAUUUUGGAAGGAUAUAAAAAACUACGCUCCUCAAAACAUGAAAUAGAAAUUAGCUACAAAAAGCUUACCAGUAAAUGGGACUUCCUAAGGAAAAAAUACAUUGAAUAUAUAAAAACUCAAGACAGUGAGUGUAUACUUAGAAUAGAAUCAAGUACAGCUAGCUUCAUUGAUGUUUUGAAGGAAAUGCUGCAACUUACAUGCUGGGAUACAUCUCUGAUGCACCAAGGGAAAGAACUGCUGUUGACUGUUGCAAACCAUGUGAAGCAGAAGUUAUCUCAUUUCAGCGAAUUUCUUAAAGUCAAAGCCUUAAGAAACUUUACGUUGGGAUCUAGAGCUUCUCUUACAAUCAACAAAUACUUGGAAGAAUUUCCAGGCCUUGUACAUUUUCUGUAUAUAGAUAGAACAAAUCACCGUAUCACUGCUCCCGGUCUUGACUUCAGUUCAGAAGAAACGAUAACUCUUACCAAAAAAAAGAUCUGGUCCAUGGUGGAUUUCAGCCGAGCCCAUUUACAAGAGGGCCACCUAGCUAUUAUGUGGAAAGAUACAACAUUCAAUUAUGCAUACUUCUUGUGGUUUGAAGAUGCAUCCGGAGCUCCUCUGAAACCAAAAAGUUUCCAACCAUCAGCUCUGAAAUCACUUCCAGUACCAGGAGUGCUAUGUGGAGAUUUUUACAAGAACCUCAUGGAACUCUCUUUCCCUAAGACAUCGCCCAGUAAGAUACGAUGUUUUGAACUAUAUUGUAUUCAUCUUGGUCUUGCGACAUCAUCAUGUGUAUUGGAACAUUCCCGUCGACUAGCAGCUACCAUCUGGGAGGUUACAGGUUUACCCAACAAUCCGCUGGACAUUCUUUGAGAUAUGUCUGUAACUGUAACUGUAGAAAUGACAGAAUUCUCAAAAAUGUGCUCAGUAAGGCUGUUCAAGAAGCUGAAACAGCAUUUCUUUUACUGAAUGAUCAUUAUUCAAAUAACACGAAGGUAGUGCAAUACAUAGCUUGUGUUGUGAGAUGAAAUGCCAGUCUACUGUUUCUAAUACUGCUGUUCACAACAAGUGCGUACAACUAUUUUACAUGGACAGCAUAUUUUACACAGUGGCUGACAAAUGAGUAAAGCAUCUGCUCUCUUAAGUAAAGAGGAAACUAAGCAAGUAUUAAUAUAAUAAAAUUAAAUGACUGAAGAAAGACUGUGAAUAAUAAUUCAUGUCUCCAAGUGAGUGCUUUUCUUUCUACAGCUAAAGAAUUGUGGUAUGUGACAUUAUCUUGCACAAGUCUAGUAUUUGACAGUAUGUCACCUUAGGAAUCCAUUUUUUUGACAUAAUUUUGUUUUUAAGUUGAUGUAACAUAUGCAUUCCAGUACACUAUCUGUAUCUAGCUAAUCAGGCUGCUGUUAGAGCUUUGUAGAUGAAAAAAAAACAUUAACAGUUAACAGUUUCCAUCCUUUGGCACAAAAAUCAUUUCUCCAGAUCCAGUAUGGGUAAAAUAUUGUUUGUUAUUAGAGGUAUGGAGACUCACCAAUACCACACUUGGUUUAAUAGAUAAGCAGUCUCACUCUUCUCAUUGUCGGUAAUUAAUAAAAUGGCUUUCUGUUUGCUAUAGACUGUUUAAAAGAGUGUAAAAAGAAGUAUCUCGAUGAAUCCUGUAGAAGUGGGAUUAAAUAUUUGAUUUUGGAAGGGGAAUUCAAGUAAACUGAAAGAGUAACUGUUACAUUGCUCAUCUGUCUAGGAUCUGUAGGAAUCAUAGUGAGCAAAGAUAUUAACAACUCUGGAUGAGAGCUGGACUGUUUUGUUCAUAGUUAGAGAAGUCUAACAAAGGACAGUAUUGUGGAAGAUACUACAUACAUCUGCACAAAAGUUUGUGACUGGAAUAUGAAGGAGAAGGUAACAGGUAACCGUAGCAGUCACACAUGAUUGAUUAUAAAAUUUAGAAAUGUGUGUGUGCAUGCCUCAUUUUACUAGCAUGUGUAAUACGAAAAUAUUAGGUAACAUUGCGUGUUUGCUAAUGAUUUGGGAUUUUAGACUAUCACACAAUUAUAGUGAGUGGUCCUCAUGCCAUAAGUACAAAUGUGAAAUAGCAAACUUCCUCCACAUCACAAUUAUUGAAGGAUUGCAUAUCAUUUUUUUUAAUGUAAUAAUAAAAGAACUUACUUUACCUUUUCUUCUGUUUCACAAGAGGUCGCCAUUCUUGAUAUUUAUGCAGCAGCAAUUUGAAUGAAUAAAUGACUGAGUGCAUACUUGCAGUCUGCUGGACUUGAUUAGCCUUGAUUGUAAAUAGUGUCUGUCGUCUGAUAACAUAAGUAACAUGUUUUGGAUGUACUGUGGUAGAUUAAUCAUAUUUUGUGACUGUAUACAGACAUGCAGAGACAUUGUAGGACAUAAUGCCAUUCCUAAUAUCUUAAAAACUUACAGAAAUCUUUUAACCAUUAUUUUAUACAGCCAUUCCAUAGUUCACGGGCAUUAUUGUCUGCCUUGUUUUGUUAUGUAAAAUCGAGUUUGUUACAGUUUUGUAAUUUUAAAGUUCUCUUUUCUGCACUUUUAAAUAAAAUAAAUUGUAUUGUAUUGUGUUUCUUAAUAGCAGUUUAGUAUGGAUACCAUGAAAUGUUUAGAAAGUGAAGAUCAAGAACUUUACAAAAAUUAAGCUUAAUGUAGGUGGAGCAUGCUGUACAAGAAUAAAAGAGCAAAGUAGAAGACA